UUUUGACAAUCCAAAAAUCACAAAAGCAAGCAAAGGCUUCACUUGAGUUGGGUGUAGAUUGGCAAGCAACUUGGUCCCAUUUUGACAAUUGUUGAUAAAACAAAAGAAGGGCUGCAUAAGUUGCUGCCAAAGGAACUAGUACUGCUGUCCAACGGGGAGAAUAGUCUGAGUUCAAAUACUACUCUCUGUAGCUUGAGGAACAGUGGUAUAUUCACUAGAAGACAAACUCAUUCGCUCUUGUUUCUCCGCGUUCUCAUGAAGUAUGAAGAAUGCAAAAAAAAAUCCGGAUCCGACCCUGACCAGUGAGAAGAAAAAAGAAUGGUUGGAUUUCAUCUAUGAAGAUCGCAACAAAUGUGUUAUCCCAGUAGGACCCAGGUUUCAGGCUGAUAUUCCAGAUUGGACCCACUCUCAGAAGGUUCAAAUGGUACGCCAGUAUAAAGAGAACAAAGCUGAUACUUCAAAAUGGCUUGGUACACCGAUGUGGCCAGCAAACAAUAACCUAGCAAACAAGAAAGUUAACGAGAAGUUGAUCGGGAAAGGGAGAGAUGAACAUUGUCGUUGUGAGUCCCCUGGAUCUGUUGAAUGUGUUAAAAGUCAUGUUAAAGAAGAAAGGAUGAAGUUGAAGUCUGAACUGGGGAGAGCCUUUAGCGCCUGGAAAUUUGAUGAGAUGGGAGAAGAAGUUUCCAACUUGUGGACCAAUAAGGAACAAAGAAUAUUCACCUCCCUCGUUCAGAUGAAUCGGAUGUCUAAAGGUAAAAGCUUCAUGAAACCAGCAUUAACAUAUCUUCCUUCCAAGAAUAGGCAAAGCAUCGUCAACUAUUACUUCAAUGUUCACGUUCCUCAGCGUAUCAGCUCACAGACUAGGUCAAAUUGUCACAUAAUUGACACUGAUGAUGAAGAGGGGGAAGAGGAGGAAGAGGAUGAAGAGGAGUUUAAUACUUCCAAACGUUCUCAGAAAAGGAAUCGAGCACAAAAAGGUGACUCUUCUGGGUCUAAACCUGUAAAGAGAAAGUACCUAUCUGGUCGACGAUGAUGCUGAGAGUAUCAGUACACAUUCUUUUUUAGUUGAGAUAGCAAUGGAAUAUGUAGAGGAUAUUUUACCUCCCAGUUCUGGGAGAAUUUUGGGGUGGGAUUCAUAUUUUACAUUGGUUGUAAAGCCAAGAAAAGUUCACAUGUUUUGGAUAUUGAUUCAAUGUAUUAAGGUCAGAGAGAAUAGUACAACAAAACUAUAGGUAAAUACAUUGAUUCCUACAAUUUGUAGGAUUUGACCGUAUAUUGAUUCUUAUCUGUUUCCUUCAUAAAGGGACAAUAUGGCAAACACAGGAUUUUUACAUCUAGCUUCAUACAA